AUGGAAAAUAUUGAGACAGCUGACAUAAAGAGAAGCGAUAAUCAAGCUGUUCAUUCAGAUAUUAAAGGCAAGAAUAUCAAGCACGCAAAAAACCAAAUAAAAGCAUUAAGAAAAAGAACUGAUCAUAUAUUAUCGAUUGAGCUUGCACUAGAUGAAGUAAACCAAAAAACCCAAAACUCUCUCAAAAUUCAAUUUUACGAGGACAAAAAUCCAAUUAUUGAAGAAUUAGAAACACUUAAAGAAGAAUUAGAAAAAGAAUUUAAAAAUACAAGUUCUUCCUAUCAAAAUGAUUCAAUAUUAAUAGAUUUACUGCAAGCAAAUGAGGAAGCUAUGAGUGCUUAUUUGGAACAUGUUGAAGUUUAUGCUAGUUUUUCUAGUAGACUUAAAGCGGCCAUAGAAGCUCUAAUUUCUGAGUCUUUUUCUCCUUAUAUCUAUCAAGACCCAAAAUUCCUUUAUUCUAUGAGCAGUCAAAUGGAUAAAACUGAAAUUGUUGUAUACGACAUAGAAAAGUCUCAACAAGUAAAUAUAAACAUUGGCUUAUCUGAGUUUUUAACCAAUGAUGAAGUCAACGUUGUUCAACUCCCCAACAAAGAAUUAUUUUGUAUCGGAAAAAAGAAGGACAUUGGUUAUGCUUUUAUAAUUGAUUUAAAUUCAUAUGAAAUCAAGCGAAUUUUACCACCUACAACCUAUAGUAAUAGAUCAGGAAUUUUUUAUUAUCAGCAAAAUGUUUAUAUAUUUGGUGGACUUACACGGCUUAAGGUGAAUAAAACUUCUCAAGGUCCAUUUUCAUUUCCCUCUAUUCUUGGAGCACAAAAUGAUAAUCGAAAAUUUGAUUUAAUAAAAAAUAAAUGGUCCUCGCUACCUCCUUUACCUAGUUGGCAUUCUACAUCUAGUUCAGCAGUGCCUUUUAAGCAGAGGAUUAUACUUUCAGCGCUUGAGUUUGAGUAUUUAUAUGAAUAUGAUAUCAAUCUUGAAAGCUAUAAUAAAUUUGAAUUCUAUAUGGGAAGCACUGAAAAGCUCUUAAUUGCAGGAAAUUCAAGAGUCUAUUUAAUUGAGUCUUGGAUAUGCAUGUGAGAAAGCGAUUAUGACAAUGAAUAUGUUUGGACAAAAAUUGGAAAAUUUGGUGGAAGCUUAUUUACAGCUCAGCCAUAUAG